AUGACUACUCAAACUUCAUCUGGAAGGAGAAGCAUAAGGCGAGGAUUAUCCGGUUCCAAGAAACCGGUUCUCCAUUCCGAGGAAACCGGUAACGGUAGCGGAAGCUUGAAUGAGAACACCUCUAAACCCAAUUCACCUCGUGCUCAACCGGUUUCUAAUGGCGAGAGAACAGUCAAGAAGCUACGUUUAUCCAAAGCUCUCACUAUCCCCGAGGGAACCACUGUCUUUGACGCUUGCCGAAGGAUGGCUUCUAGGCGUGUUGAUGCGGUUUUGUUGACUGAUUCAAGCGCUCUACUUUCCGGGAUUGUUACCGAUAAGGAUAUAGCCACAAGGGUGAUAGCAGAAGGGUUAAGACCAGAGCACACUUUGGUCUCUAAAGUCAUGACAAGGAAUCCUAUUUUCGUCACAUCGGAUUCACUUGCCAUCGAAGCUCUUGAGAAGAUGGUUCAAGGCAAAUUUAGACACUUGCCGGUUGUAGAGAACGGCGAAGUCAUUGCUCUGUUGGAUAUCACAAAAUGCCUCUAUGAUGCUAUUUCUCGGAUGGAGAAAACCGCAGAGCAAGGAAGUGCUUUAGCCGCUGCUGUGGAAGGCGUGGAACGGCAAUGGGGAAGCGGAAACUCUGCUCCAUAUCCUUUCAUCGAAACAUUGAGGGAGCGGAUGUUCAAGCCCGCAUUGUCAACUAUAAUAACAGAGAAUUCAAAGGUUGCGCUCGUGUCACCGUCUGAUCCUGUCUACGUAGCUUCAAAAAGAAUGAGGGAUUUGCGGGUUAACUCUGUGAUCAUCGCUGUUGGGAACAAGAUUCAUGGGAUUCUAACUUCAAAGGACAUUCUCAUGAGAGUCGUGGCGCAGAAUCUAUCCCCUGAGCUGACUCUUGUUGAAAAAGUAAUGACACCAAACCCUGAAUGCGCAUCGAUGGAGACAACGAUCCUCGAUGCAUUGCAUAUAAUGCACGAUGGGAAGUUUCUGCAUCUUCCGGUUUUAGAUAAAGACGGAUUAGCUGCAGCGUGUGUAGAUGUGCUGCAGAUCACUCACGCCGCUAUUUCAACGGUUGAGAACAGCUCAGGAGCUGUUAACGAUGUGGCAAAUACGAUGAUGCAAAAGUUCUGGGAUUCAGCUUUAGCGUUAGACCCACCCGAGGAUUACGAAACACACAGCGACAUGUCGACAAUGCUUGUAAAUUCAGAAGGAGCAGAUAAAGGGAUCCAGUCUUGUCCAUCUCAAGAACUUGUGAUAAGCUCAUUUGCUUUCAAAUUCGAAGAUCGUAAAGGGCGAGUACACCGGUUUAACUCAACGGGAGAGAGUCUUGAAGAGGUUAUGAGCGUUGUGAAGGAAAGAUGCGAUGUGGAUUCAGGGCUUCAGAUAAUGUACCAAGAUGAUGAAGGUGACAAAGUUUUGAUAAGUAGGGACAGUGAUCUUGUUGCUGCUGUUACUUUUGCUAGGUCUUUGGGACAAAAGGUUUUGAGACUGUAUCUGGAUUUUACCGAGACAAUGGGUCUUGACACGGUUGCAGAUUCGUCUGAGGGAAGCUGCGGCGUGGUUGACGGCGGUUGGUUUUGGUGGCAGACUGGCGUGGUGGCUGGUGCUGUUGUACUUACCAGCAUAGGUUUACUUGUUUACUUGAGACGUUCCAAGAAAUAA